AUGGCUGACCAAGGUCUUAAGCCAGCUAGAAUUCGCCGCGGCCUGCUGCGCAACUUUGAGCUCUGUACGAGCUCUCUGCCCUCUUUAAAGGUUGUUCAGCGGUUUGUUAAUCACGAACAGGAGUUCGAUGCUUUUACCUUUACGUGGAGAACCGACACUGAAGACAGACCUUAUCUGGGAAAAGGUUCUGAUGUGGACCCAUUUCUCGUCGGAGUCACGACCAAAGCGCUUCUCCGUAAGGCAGAUUGCGAACCAGUAACUUUUGUGUUGCACAUUGAUGUAACAUUUAAGUUAACUCAAGUCGACUACCCUGUAUUUGUCGUUGGCAUUUCCGACCGAGUUAGGGGGUUUCAUCUUCUUGCGAUAUUUAUUUCUUCGCAAAGAAAAGAGAAGCACUUCGUGGAAGAGCUAUUGGCACUUCGAAAGGUGUACACAUGUGUAACGGGGAAGCAGUUUGAAGUCAGAUACGCGAUGGGGGUCGCGGCAGACGCUCAGUACAACGCGGUGCAACGCGUACUGGGUGUUAACAACAAUCUAACUAUUCUAAUGUGUUUCUACCACGUUGCCGCCAAGGUGCACGAGAAGACAAAAGGGCUACAACCUGCACUUUACGCGACUGUGGCAUUUGGCCUCAAUGACUUACACUAUGCAACAACCGAAGCCCAGUUCCAUAUCACCCAAGCGCGCGUGCUGGACGAUUGGUCCUUACAUCCAGGGCUCGCUUCCUUUAAGGCGUACUUCGCGAGAGUGUGGCUUUCAAGCCGUUUCUGCCGAUGGCAGAUAUUCCACACGCCGCCCGCGUUUGCGACAAUAAACAAUCCUGUCGAGAGCUUCAAUGGUGCUAUUAAGCGCGACUACACUCUGCGCUCUCGGAUGAAAAUCAUCCAAAGCGUUUGCCGUAGAACCCACUCCAACCGUCACGUUUUGCUUAAUGAAGCUCCUGCCGACGACGUCGGUGCUGCGAGCGCUGAGGCGGUAAAUGUGGUGUCUCGGCGGGUUACCCGUAUCUACGAUCCUGAGACGAAACGCUCCCGUGAAGAUCUUGCGUAA